CCAGGGAACGAUCCAGUGUUUUUCUGUCCUGUGUUCACAGGAAUGAAAGCUCCUUGGGAAUCACACAGGUAGAGGGAUGCCUUUCAUCUUCUAGAUUUCGGCCGGCAGAAAUCUUUAUUGGAGCUCGAGCAGCCUUAUUUUCUCUCCUUCGCUCUCCCUGUGCGCCCUCCCGCUCCAGAGCAAGCCUACUGUAUUUCUGCUGCAGAGUGGGGCGUGUGACGUCAACGAAUGCUGGAGCGGUACCUUGGCUCGAACGACAAAUGGGGAGAAAAUUGCGAGGGCCAAAGGUCAUGGUGAGGCAGAAGUAACGGUGACGAGGAACAAAUCAACAACCUAAGAAGAAUCUGCGGGUUUGUGUGUGUUAGACUUCCAGUAUGUGUGAUGGCGUGAAUGGCCCUUGGUCUAAUUCUCGCCUCCCUCAGACAUCCCUCUUCCUCUCACCACCACCAUUUUUGUGCCAUGAGAGGAUCCGCCCAGUACUCGGUGAGUAGUAAGCCCGCGGCGUGUCGGCGCCGCUGUGCCGCGUGAGGGCCCCCCGCCGGCCUUUCGCGGAAUGGCUUCUUUGGACCUGCCCUACCGCUGUCCUCGUUGCGGGGAGCACAAGCGCUUCCGGUCGUUGUCCUCCCUCCGCGCCCACCUGGAGUACAGCCAUACCUACGAGACGCUCUACGUGCUCUCCAAGUCCAACAGCGUGUGUGACGCCGCUACGCUACUCCCCCUGGUGGCCGACGGAGACCUUCUCCUCGCUCCUUCUGUCCCCGGUGGCAACCGCAGCAGCAACAACGACCCCUUCGACGGACUUCAACUCCGGUCUUCCGCCUUCAGGGACUUCAAGGAGCGCCGCUUCCCGUGCCGCGAGCUUCCCUGUCCGGACGACCUCGGCGAUUUGUCCACAACGUCCAACGCCGCGGCUCGUUACAUCCCUAAUGUAGAGUUCCCCCUGGGGGAGAUCUUUGUGAAGAAAGCCAUGAGUGCAGCCGGUGACCAUCACAGUCCGCACAGCAACCAAAGCACGGCCGUGGCAGUGGCGGCGAAUGUGGCGGCGAGCGCGGUGGAGGCGGCCUAUGAGGAGGGCCUGGCCAGGCUGAAGGCAAGGGCCUUUGAGCGUCUGGAGCUGGACGAGAGGCUGGAGAAACUCUCAGAUGAGGUGGAGCAGAAGAUAGCUGCACGCGUAGGCCGGCUGCAGACAGAGCUGGAGAGGAAGAGCGGCGAGCUGGAGCGGGCCAAGCAUGAGAGUGAGCGGCUGGGCCAGGAGAAACAGGACCUGGAGGACAAGGCAUCGGAGCUCUCCCGCCAGGUGGAUGUUUCGGUGGAGAUGCUGGCCAACCUCAAGCAGGACCUGGUCAGCAAGGAGGAGGAGCUCACCCACAAACAACAGGAGGUAACCCAGAUAGACCAGUUCCUCCAGGAGACGGCGGCGCGGGAGGCCAAUGCCAAGGUGCGCCUGCAGCAGUUCAUCGAGGAGCUCCUGGACCGUGCCGACCGUGCCGAGAAACAGCUGCAGAUCAUCAGCAGCUGCGGGACCACACCCAACGGCAGCAUGGGACGCUGCAGCCUGCCCGGCUCCAACAAGGGCUCCAACAAUGGACGCCAGAGGAACUCCAGUAUCUCUGGGACGUCUAGGGGCAUGUACCAAGUGUCUGACCGACGAUCCUCUCCCAGCACCGGAGCGUCGGGCCGGGUCAAGUCCUGCUCCCAGGGCUCGGGCGGGGGCUACGACAGCGGCGACAGUGUGGAGAUGCACCCCAUGGAAGUGUGCCCCGAGGGCCAGUACUACCACGUCCAGUGUCGUCUGGGGGAAGGGGGCGGACAGGGAGGGGGCGGACAGUGCUACGAGAGGGCCGGGGUGUCCCGGAGCUGGGGGCUCCGCAAGCAGGCCAUCCAGAACUGGCAGCGGCGACCCUACCGGAACAGUACGGAGGGGGAGGAGGGUGACGUGUCGGACGUGGGCUCCAGGACUACCGAGUCGGAGGCGGAGAUGUGGGAGCAGCAAGAGAGGAGGGCCACCAUGGCUGAGACGCAGCAGUCUGGAGCACCGAGACAAUCUGGGCACCGCCUAGGCACAGGCCGGUCCGAGGGGGGCUACCGCCACAACAAGCCGUGUCGCCACGACAAGAGCCCGUCCCGGUCCAACAGCGAGGUGAUCAGCCCGGAGAUACUGAAGAUGAGGGCGGCUCUGUUCUGUAUCUUUACCUACCUGGAUACCAAGACCCUGUUGAGGGCCGCGGAGGUCUGCAGGGACUGGAGGUUUGUGGCCCGCCACCCUGCCGUGUGGACCCGGGUGCUGCUGGAGAACGCCCGCAUCUCCUCCAAGUUCCUGAGUACACUGUCCCAGUGGUGCACCCAGACCCAUUCCCUCAUCCUCCAGAACCUGAAACCACGACAGAGGGGCAAGAAGGAGAUCAAGGAGGAGUACCUCAAGAGCACGCGUGGUUGUCUGGAGGAGGGUCUGGAGUCCUUGCUGAAGGCUACAGGAGGGAACCUGUUGAUCCUCAAGGUGUCUCAUUGUCCCAACCUGCUAACUGACCGCUCCCUGUGGCUCGCCAGCUGCUACUGCCGAGCCCUGCAGGCCGUCACAUACAGGAGUGCCACAGACCCUGUAGGACAGGAGGUGAUCUGGGCUCUCGGAGCAGGCUGUAGAGACAUAAUCUCUCUCCAGGUGGCACCACUACAUCCAUGCCAACAACCGGCUCGCUUCAGCAACCGAUGCCUGCAGACCAUUGGCCGAUGCUGGCCACACCUCAGAGCCCUGGGCGUGGGCGGGGCAGGGUGUGGCAUUCAGGGACUAGCCUCAUUGGCGAGGAACUGCAUGCGUCUGCAGGUGUUGGAGCUGGACCAUGUGAGUGAGGUCAACCAGGAAGUGGCAGCUGAGGUGUGCAGGGAGGGUCUGAAGGGCCUUGAGAUGCUGGUCCUCACUUCCACCCCGGUCACCCCUAAGGCCCUGCUACACUUCAACAGUGUGUGUCGUAACCUGAAGUCCAUCGUGGUGCAGAUCGGUGUAGAGGACUACUUUGAGGACCCCAACAGCCCUGAGGCUAGGAAGCUCUUUGACGAGAUGGUGAACAAGCUGCAGGGCUUGAAGAAGAGACCGGGCUUCUCCAAAAUUCUGCACGUGAAGGCAGACAUCCUCUGCUAACCCCAUCCACCAACCAGGACCCCCAAAGAAGAAGGGGUCGGCCAUUUUGUUUCCAGCCACACCAACACAACCGACCUAGUCAUUUGUAACCCCUUGACGCGACGCGAGGACGAAACAGCCUGAAGUACCAGUCAGACAACACACACACGUAACUGAAGAGGAAAUUCAGUAACAUGCUUCUUUAUUGUUCAAAAUAAAACCAAUGUGUUUUUGGCCCUUAACCUUGACUAAAAGACAGACACAGACACCACAGACAGAUAGACGCUCCAUAGACCACUACAAUGGAGAGAUGCAACGCAGUACAGAACAGAGGAUAGACAAGACAAGAUGCCUGGAUAGGUCAGGUCAACACCUUAUCCUGGAGCAUACAAACCCAGUGGAGAUUCUCAUAAAGGGACCAAACCCUCCUUUACCAUAGAUGUACUAGAGAGCUCAUCUCCUAUCUUUUCAAUGGCUGCUUUUUUGACCAAAUGGACAGCACCAUUGAGGGUUAUCUCUAUUUUUAAAGUAGUACAUUUUGUGUGUCCUCUAUCCAACUUUAUGGUGGGGUAAAGUGUAGUAAAGACAUCAUCAGGCAGGUAACAAGACCAGGGGCCUCUAAGUCUCCGCGAAAAUGAACAGGGACCCUGCUUGUGACUUGCUGACCUUCCAAACAGAUUUGAAACAUAAACUCUAUUGGACUUUGUAGAUGCCGUAAUCUUGGCGGGCAUUUUGAUUUCAACUGAGGAAAGAGCUGUAAGCUGGGGGAUGGAUGUCAUGAAGGAGCAGGCUCUCGUUCUCUUCACCUAGAGCAUUUGCAGAGAAUGUGUCUAGGAUGCUUUUUUUUAAUCAAGAUGCUCAACAGCACAUAUUCUGUGGAAAUGCACAUGAGCAGUAAAGCAGAUGUAGGGAUGGACGGUGUGUGAUUUUUGACCCUGUCCUGAGCCAGAGGAGUAAGUUAAAAUAGACCCUCAACUCCCAACGUGUGUGUGCGUGCGUGCGUGUGUGUGAGUGAAAUGCAUGACAUACCAGCUUCAGACUUGGUCGAACAUAAAACGAGAAGAUAUCUUGUCACCUUUUAGAAGAAAAAAAUAUCGGCCUAUCAGCCGCUCCAUGGUGUGGUCGCCAUGGGAACCGUGCAGUAUUGAACACUUGGUCCUCCAUCCUCAGCAGGAUCAUCAGCGGAACACAGUCUCUCUCGCACACCCUUGGAUUUUCAGCUGUCAAUUACUUUUGUCUGUGGAACUCUUACAGUAUCUGUAGGCCGGCUGGUCCAUAAGGCAGCUACUGUUUCUUUGUUUUUAAACAGGGUUGCAAAUGGAUUCCUUUUGCCUUUUAUUUCACAAUUGAUGACGUUCAUAGCUGUGUGUGUUCUAUCUUCAUUUCGUAAAGUGUUUUCUCCGAUGUGCCACUAAUCUAUAGGAGCGUUGUAAGGCAGUCGUUCACCCUAUUCAAAUAACUAGCCACUAGCUCUGUAAGCUACAGUGAAUUACAUCCCAAAUGCACCCUAUUCCCUAUGUACAGUAGUGUCAUACUUUUAACCAGGGCUCAUAAGGCUCCAGUCCUCAGGGGCCUGAUUUAGUGUCACACUUUUGCCCCAGUCCAAGCUAACACACCUGACUCCAAUAACCAACUAAUCAUGCUCUUCAGUUUAGAAUGCAAUUAGUUUAAAUCAGCUGUGUUCGCUAGGGAUUGGGGGGGAAGUGUGACACCAAUCAGCCCCCGAGGCCUGGAAUUGCCCAGGCCUGGAAUAGGGUGACAUUUGGGAUGCAGUCUUGAUCUCAAUUGCCUAAAAAUCCUCCUCUUGUUUCCUCUGCUGCACUGAUUGCCUUGUCAAGUGAAAACAAAAUGGUGGAAGCUCAUCAUUAGGCUGUCUUUCACCUAACCAGUUAUUUUCGUUCAGUGCAAUGACGGGAGAAGAGGACAGAGUUGUUAGACAAUUGAGAAAGAUAGCCUGUAUGUAUCCACUCACAAUACUCUACCAUUAUUGCUUCAGGCAUUCAUGCAAGUCGUCGAGCUCAGGCAACAAUGCACCCUGACCCAAACCAUGCAUCCACCCCAGGGAGGCAUCUCAAUUCUAAUGUGGACUCCUUCUGACAGAAGACAACAGUUGGAAAGCUGAUCCUCUGGUAGGCUUUGACUCACCCUUUGUUUGUACGUCAUUGUAGAUCAAGGAAAUGAGAGAGAGCCAUUUUAGACUAUUGAGAUGCAGCCCGUGUGCCGGAGAGGAAAGGAUGCAGGGCAAUCCUUUGCUUCCCCGUUAUUUUAUUUUAUUUUUUAAUUGGAGAGAUGUUUAGUAAAGUUGAGCACCGAGUUCUGUUCUAAGUUAUGUGCUGCUUUGUUUUAGUAGUGCUAGCCUGACAUGAACAUACACACUACAGUUGUGGUUUCUCAUCUCCAUGUUCUCUUCCAAUACUGAAUAUUGUACUGCCGUGGUGGCUGGGAAAAGACUAGAAGGGGUUGAAAGACUUGCCCCUCCGAUUGAAAAGGUGUUUUUAAAGUCGCUGUCACAAUAGAGGAAAACCCAAUUCACUUGUUUAUUUAGGCUGUGGUCCAAAUGGCACCGUUUUCCCUGUAUAGUGAACUACUGUACUUUAGACGAGGGCCCGUAGGGUGCCACUCGGGAUGCAACAUUAGGGGGUUUUCAGUUCCUGACAAUCUUGUCUUCUUUAAGACAUUAAACACUGUACAUAAUGUUGUUUAUAAUAUAAAAAGAUUACUGCAUUUGGUGUUAUAAAAUUAAGGUCAUAAGUAUAAGGAUCUUCAUGAUGAAAAAAAUGAUAAUGAUUAAGAGUCUACUACAGGUGUCGAUUCUGAAACAUUUUCUCUCCAAAGUCGAAAGGAAAGAUGCAGCUAUAUUAUGUAUAAACGGUAGUGUUGAAAUUUGCAGUUGUGUACUAUAGAUACUUUAUAUUCAAUGUUCAUGAUAAAUGUGCUAUAGAGAUGGACAUUAUUUAAGAAAGAGGAUAAAGAUUAUUUGAGCUAUUUAUUUCUAUAAAAAGAGAGGUCUAUAAUGUUGGCAUGUUUGUGUUCAUGCAUCAAUCAUCACGUUGCCUUUGACUUAUUCUUCUGUAGUGGCUGUAGCUAUAAAUUAAUGUUUAAAAAGAUUAAGAUUGCUUGCAAAGGUUUAUGCUGUAUUUCAUUUUUAAUACGUCUGUUGCACUAGUGGGAAAAAUAAGAAUACUGAUAUUUAAUAUUAGUGCUGUUUUUUAAUGUUUAAACCGCUUUCUCAGUAU